GGAUCGCAGAGGCUCCGAAGCCCCUCGCAAACACGCUCCACACCUCAUAGCUCUAGAGUUCAGCCGCAGUGCAGCCUGUAGUUUGCUGACUUAGAUCGCUCCAGAAAGGCACACACAUCACCGAGUCAACUUUUUUUUUUAUCAGAGCAAGGGAAUGAUUGAAACCUGACCCCCGGACUUCUGGCUGCGCGAGGAAAAACAUCACCAGCAGGAGGUUUCUGAUUCCGGGGCCCGGCCAGAUUUCCCACUGUGCCCACGCAGAGGGAGGAUUUGAGAUUGUGUUUCUGCGGUGGCGUCGUGCCAGCUUCCCCACCGACACGACUGUUCCGCUCUAUCUAUCUCCGUCUCUCCCUCCCUCCCUCGCUCCUCUCUUCCAACUCCUCCAUCCAUCACGUCCUGCGUCUGUGCUCCCGCUCUCUGCAUCCACCAGAACCCUCGUUCGCUCAGUCCAACCCUCGGCCGCCUCUCCAGAUAGCGAGCCAGCCGGACGGACGGCCGACAUGCACUCCACCACCACCUCCAUCACUUCGCUCUUCUCCUUCACCAGCCCGGCAGUGAAGCGCCUGCUGGGAUGGAAACAGGGGGACGAGGAGGAGAAGUGGGCGGAGAAGGCCGUCGACUCUCUGGUGAAGAAGCUGAAGAAGAAGAAGGGAGCGAUGGAGGAGUUGGAGAGAGCCCUCAGCUCACCCGGACAGCCAAGCAAGUGCGUGACCAUCCCCCGCUCCCUGGACGGGCGGCUGCAGGUGUCCCACAGGAAGGGCCUCCCCCAUGUGAUCUACUGCCGGGUGUGGCGCUGGCCCGACCUGCAGUCCCACCACGAGCUCAAGGCCCUGGACUGCUGCGAGUUCCCCUUCGGGGCCAAACAGAAGGACAUCUGCAUCAACCCCUACCACUACAGACGGGUCGAGACCCCAGUGCUGCCCCCGGUGUUGGUCCCCCGCCACAGCGAGUUUAACCCCCAGCACAGCCUGCUGGCCAAGUUCCGCAACGCCUCCUUGCACAACGAACCUCUGAUGCCCCAGAACGCCACCUACCCGGACUCCUUCCCUCCCCUGCCCUGCUCCACCUUCUCCUCCUCCCCCUCCUCCUCCUCUCUCACCCAGUCCUCCGGCACCCACAGCUACCCCAACUCUCCCAGCAGUGCAGCGGAGCCUGGAAGCAGCCCCUAUCACAUCACAGAGACACCACCACCCCCCUACAGCAUGAUGGAAACUGGGCCCCAGGAGGACGUGAAGCCUGGAGACACAGCAAACACCAACAAACUCACCUUCUCCGCCCCUCACAGAGACCUGCGGCCGGUGUGCUACGAGGAGCCAGAGUACUGGUGUUCGGUAGCGUACUACGAGCUCAACAACCGGGUCGGGGAGACCUUCCACGCCUCCUCCCGGAGCGUCCUGGUCGACGGCUUCACCGACCCGUCCAACAACAAGAACCGCUUCUGCCUGGGCCUGCUGUCCAACGUCAACCGGAACUCCACCAUCGAGCACACGCGCAGACACAUCGGCAAAGGAGUGCACCUGUACUACGUGGGCGGGGAGGUUUACGCUGAGUGCCUGAGCGACAGCAGCAUCUUUGUCCAGAGCCGCAACUGCAACCACCAGCACGGCUUCCACGCCACCACCGUGUGCAAGAUCCCCAGCGGCUGCAGCCUGAAGAUCUUCAACAACCAGCUGUUCGCCCAGCUGCUGUCCCAGUCCGUCAACCACGGCUUCGAGGUCGUCUACGAGCUCACCAAGAUGUGCACCAUCCGCAUGAGCUUCGUCAAGGGCUGGGGUGCCGAGUACCACCGCCAAGAUGUCACCAGCACCCCCUGCUGGAUAGAGGUGCAUCUGCAUGGACCACUACAGUGGCUGGACAAGGUGCUCACUCAAAUGGGCUCACCUCACAACCCCAUUUCCUCUGUCUCCUAACACAUAGACACACACACACACACACACACGUAUCUCAGUUGUCCACAGCCUUUUACAAGCGUUACUCUGUGCAGGUCUGUGCAGUUCUGUCACCAUGGGGUGGCAUCUGUGUAAUCAUAAAUACUGUUUUUUUUCUAUAAAUAAAAGAAUAACAUGCAAGAAAUUUCAACUUUAUGUCAUCUUUUAGCGAUACAAAAAGAAGAGUUCCAAUAUUUCAUUUAACUACUUAGCAGCCAUAUUUUCAGUAGGAAGCAUUUCAGUUACUUUCAGUAAGGCUACAAUCUUUUUCUUCUGCACUUACAGCCAUAAAUUGAGAUUUACAUGUAGGUACAAAUAGUAUGCACAUGUUUAAAUAGGCUAUGAAGUAUGUAUGUGUUGAUACAGUAUAUGUACCUGACUUCCUGAGUGUGUCACGUACUGGCUGUCGUUUACCUGUUCCAAUAAAGUUUUUUCAAA